AUGCCACCUCGUCCCUCCGCCUCGGCACCAGGAAUGGCCACCAAGCGAAUCAAGAAGGAAAUAGCGGACCUGUCAAAAGAGAACCUGGGGGCGAUAAGCUUACAGCCGAACGAAUCAAACAUAUUCAAUUGGAAGGCUAUCUUACCUGGACCGACGAAUAGUCCGUAUGAAGGCGGGGUUUUCGAGGUGGAUAUUAAAGUACCAGAGGAUUAUCCAUUCUCGCCACCUCAUUUACAUUUCGUCACCAAAGUAUAUCACUGUAAUAUAGCAAGUACAGGAGCCAUAUGUCUCGAUCUCCUCAAACACGCCUGGUCUCCUGCCUUGUCACUAUACAAAGUGAUCCUAUCACUCUCUUCUUUACUGACCGACCCUAACCCUGCCGACCCACUUGUACCGGCCAUCGCACAGGAAUACAAGAGGGAUAGGAAGAAACACGAUGCGACGGCGAGAGAAUGGGUAAAGAAAUACGCGACACCCAAACAAGCUCCUCCACCACCCAUCCCAACUACAAAAGCAUCCACUUCCCGCCCCAAACUCCUUAACCGACCUUCCUCCACCACCUCGGCCUCAGCGUCAACACCCACGCCGCAGAUAGCAGGAACGAGACGACCUGCCUCUACGCGAGAUACGAUUGAUCUAGCUUCCGAUUCAGAUGAAGGAGAAGGUCAAGGAGAUGUAUCGAUACAGGUUUUAGGAAAUAGUUCGAGAAGUACCGUCGUGAAUGGGACUAAUGGCAAUGGUGGUGAGAGAAGAGGUACGAAGAGGACUAGGUUGAAUAAUGUACCUGCGGGAGGAGGAGGGGGGAGUGUAGGUGAUGCUAUUAUUAUUGAUGAGUAA